CUCUAACUGCAAAUGGGUGUACCAGUUGAAUGAGUUUUGCUAGUUGGCGAACCUAUUUCCCAGGUCCUUGUAUAUGACGUCACAAUCUAAACAUUGCUCAGCUGUAGGAAGGUGUAGUGCUGUCGGAAGAGUGGUUGACGUUGGAUUCACACUAGAUUUCUUCGGGAAACUGAGUGUGUCUCCACAAAUUUCACCACGGCGACCCGUUAGCAAGCCUGGCCUCGAGCGGAGAGUCGGACGACGGUGGACUUGCUCCGCCACCGCGAAAGAAAUCGCGUACUUUGGACGCUACAAUGCAGCAAGCAGCUAAUGGCUGUGCGCAACGCAAUGGAGUGUCCGAAGACCAUUCCGAUACUUUCAAUCAACAAAACGGUGCCGAGAUCUCGCCCGAUGACAACGCUGUUAAUGGAGGACCAAAUGAGGAAAUUACUCCGAAGAUAAUGGACAAGACCACUCAGGACAUUGUGCGACUUAUUGGGCAGCAUUUGAAAACAAUCGGGCUUGACCGGACUGCGGACUUACUGAUGCAGGAGUCUGGGUGUCGCCUUGACCAUCCGGCUGCUGCCAAAUUCCGACAACAUGUUAUGGAUGGAGACUGGAAUAAGGCUGACAAUGACCUGAACGAGCUCAAACCUCUUUUGGAAGGCUCUUCUCAGUGUCUUGUGGAGAUGAAAUUCCUACUGCUGGAGCAGAAGUAUUUGGAGUUCCUCGAAGAUGGCCGUGUCUUGGAUGCAUUGCACGUAUUGCGCAAUGAGCUCACUCCACUAAACCACAAUACAGCACGUGUGCACAAGCUCAGCAGCUAUAUGAUGUGUAGUGGUCGAGAUGAUCUGAUGCAGAGGGCAGAAUGGGAUGGGAAGGGAAUGAAGUCACGCCAACAGCUAAUGGACAAGCUUCAAGGGUUCCUGCCUCCAUCAAUAAUGCUGCCACCACGGAGACUCCAUACGCUGCUGUGCCAAGCAGUGGAACACCAGAAGCAUAGUUGCCCCUACCACAACACCUUAACAGAAGAAGGGCUUGCGGGUGUCUCGCUCCUUGUUGACCACCAUUGUUCCAGGGAUCAAUUUCCAUGUGAAACAGUGCAAAUACUCAACGAUCAUUGUGAUGAGGUGUGGUUUUGUCGCUUCUCCCCAGAUGGUCUCAAACUUGCCACUGGAUCGAAAGACACUACAAUUGUGAUAUGGGAUGUCAACCCAGAAACACUGACAUGCACACAUCGCAAGACGCUUGAGGGACAUUCUUAUGGAGUUGCCUACAUUGCAUGGAGUCCGGAUAGUACACACUUGGUGGCCUGUGGACCUGAAGACUGCCCAGAGCUGUGGAUCUGGAACAUCGAAUCAGACGAGUUACGUGUGAAGGUUUCGCAUUCGCCUGAGGACUCCCUUACCUCCUGUUCAUGGCAUCGUGAUGGCAAAAAAUUUGUCACAGGUGGCAUCCGUGGGCAGUUUUAUCAGUGUGAUCUUGAAGGCAAUGUACUUGACUCGUGGGAAGGAGUGCGGGUGAAUUGCCUUUGGUGUCGCAGUGAUGGAAAGACAGUCCUUGCAGCAGAUACCCAUCAUCGUGUUCGUGCCUACAACUUUGAUGAGCUUUCUGACUAUAACAUUUUGCAGGAAGAUCACCCUGUGAUGGCAUUUUCCGUAAAUGCCGCAGAUCGCCUUGCAUUGUUAAAUGUUGCCACCCAGGGUGUACACUUAUGGGAUCUACAAGAUCGUUGCCUUGUGCGGAAAUUCCAGGGAGUUACACAAGGACAUUUCACUAUACACAGUUGCUUUGGUGGAGUCAACCAGGACUUCGUUGCCAGUGGAAGUGAAGAUAACAAAGUGUAUGUGUGGCACAUAAAGAGAGAACUGCCAAUAGCUACUCUAACUGGCCACACCCGGACAGUCAAUUGUGUUACGUGGAAUCCUGUCUACCACCAGAUGUUGGCAUCAGUAUCUGAUGACUGCACUGUCAGAAUAUGGGGUCCUGCUAACCAGCAUCGUACCAACAAGACAGGUUAUGCAAAUUCAAGUAGUGAAGGAGGUGUCUUUUCAUCGCCAUCUUCGAAUGGUAGUGUCUGGCAUGACUUGGGUUCAUAGUAGUCAUGUGGUCCUCUGCUCCAUUCUACUUCUCCCUCCUUCCCUUCUCUAUUUCUCCCUCUGUCACACUGUAGCAACACAUGGGCAUCACAUCAAAGAAGAUUUCCAUACCUGGAGCAGGUCCUGCUUGCAUGUUGUCGUGCAUAUCAAGUAGGAAGAGAAGUGAAUGAAACACCUGGUGGAAUAGAGAAUUCGUGCAAUCAUUUGUACAAUGUUUCUGUGAUUUAUUUCUGUAAAAAUUAAAAUAAAAGUGAACAUGUUUCUUCAUAUCAGUCUGUGUGGUACUGCAUCAGUUCUCUUAGAAUGAAUACUGGUAUUGGUUUUCAAAAAAUAAGAGGGCAGUAUGGUCCAUUGUGAUAAAUUGCAUGGUUUUUCACUUGCUACUCUGCUGUGAGAAUUAUGUGAUUUGUUUUGUCCUGAAACACAUAAAGCCUUUCCUUUCUGUUAAUCUUGAUUAUUGUUGAGUCAGCUGGAGAAUAUUUUAGAAUGGUAAAUGUCAGAGAACAAUCAUCUAGGGCCAUCACAACAAUGGAUGUGAAUUGUGAGAAGUCUUUUGUUAUGAAUACUGAUAAGAGAAAAGGUCUGACAUUUAUUACUGCAGUUUGAAGUUUGGGUUUCCUUAUAGGAUUAGCUGAAGAAAGAACAGAUAUAUCAUAACUUUUUUUAGUCUUUUUUUGUGUUAGACUACAUAGGAUACAGAGCAUCGGAGUGAACUUAAUUAUGCAAUCUAUUCUAAUUAAAAAUUUUCUCACAGUAACUGUAAACAGUUAUGCUUCUUAAUGAUUUGUAAGGCAUACUGAAUACAAACAAAGGAUUGAGCUGAUUGAGGGUGAUGCUGUUUCAUGCAAAUACUGUUUGAAUUAAUGUGCUGUAAGUAACACUGUUUACUUUGAGAUUUCAUGCCAUAAAACGAAUCAGAAUUAUUUAAUUGUACUUUGAUCAAGUUCGAAGUACUUUCUAAUGAUGUUAUUUAUGCAUGAUUUUCAUUUAAUGCCAGUGAAAAUAUUAAGAAUUUACUUGAUUGUCCAUGCUAUUGGAACAACUGUGUUGUGCACAAAAACUUUAAUUUCAUUGGAAGACCUACAUUGUGCACAAGAAAUGUACAAUUUACUGAAAUGUAUGUUACAGUCUUUUGGGCAAACUGCUGUGAUAAAUGAGUCCACAGUGCUCAUAUUUGUUACCUUGUCUGUCAGUGAAAAGUGACAGAGCAAUAAGUUGUCUCCAGUUGUGAAGCGUAUUUAACAAUCCUUUAUUGCUUUUGGAAACCAUUUUCUAUUUUUAUGCACUGAAUACUAAUUCACCAAAUUCAAAUGCCUUCCAUGUUUUCCUUAUAUUGGUAUUGUCUUUGCAUGUGAGGGUGUUUGUACUUGUCAGUCCUGGUGACAGCAGUCCUUUCUUUGUAUUGUGGUUAUCUCCUCCAUCGUAAUUGUUAGUGACUGAUAAGACGAUCAGUUGCACAUUACGUAUUUUCAUUAAUGUACAGUUCUUUGAGAGUUGCCAUGCUGAUGUUUGUAGUGUGUAACAAUCUGCACGUAAUAUAAGGUUUUUAAUAUUUAUGCAUGAAUGAGAGUUCCUUAACAAAAUACGAAAUCUGUGGCAAUACUUAUAAUUUAUAGUAAAAAUUCCGUUACUCAUUAACAGAUAUUUUUCUGUAUUUUUUUAUAUGGUUCAUGUUACACAGCCUAUCUUUGAUAUUUAUCAUUAUUUGCAGCAAUAAUCAGGAAGUUUUGUUGCUCUGUAUGCUUAAAAAACAGCAGUGUUUGAUUGCCAACUAUCUCUUUGUUGAUGUUAUUAUUGUUAUUGUUGUUAUUAUUAUUAUUAUUAUUGUUAAGUGGUGUAAAACUGUACUAAAUUGAGCUUUUCCAGUUUUUGUGCUGCGUUAUAUGAGUGUUCAAUUUCCCUCUAUUACUCAGAAAUUUGGUCAAACUGAGUAUGAAAUGUGCCUUUGUUAUCAUUACCGGUCUUUGGAAGUAUACCACUUCAUAUUUCUACACAUUUAUAGAAUUGUGACACAAGAAGUGUAUGCUGCAAUAAAUAUAAUAAGUAGGAUUUUUUAUACUAGGAGGGAGAGAGAGAAAAAAAAAUUAAUGUGAUACCACAAUUCAGCCCUUUAAUAAAUAAAAUGACCCAUAAACAAAUUGCACAAUUGGUGUAAUGCUUUUAGGUUUGUUGAGAUGAAA